CUGCAAGUUUUUCAUUGCACCUGGGUACACAGGUACUUGUGCAUAUGACAAUAAAUUCAACUUUCACUGUAUAACGCAAUGUCUUGCAUAAUGUUUAAAAAAGUUUAUGAGUUGUGAUGCACAAUAUAUGUUGCUGAAAUUUAUGACCAUCGCUAUGGUAGGAACGAAAGUUGCCGGCGCGUCCUGUCAGCUGCGGAGGGAUUGUUGUUGCCGCCGGACCAGGAUGGCGGCGGCCUCGGAGGGUCCCCCGCCGCCUAAUGUUUUCUAUUUUCGGGACGUGAAGGCGGUGGCGGACCCGAUAGCGGAGCCGGGGGAGGCCGGAGUAGGUCAGGUGCCGGUGGUGGUGGACAACGGGUCCUUCCAGUGCCGGGCGGGCUGGGCCGGGGAGCCGGCGCCGCGGCUCCAGUUCAAGAACGUGGCGGCGCGGGGCCGCGGCGCCUCCCGCAGCGACACUCAGGUCGGCAACGACAUCAGCAACCUGGAGGUGGUCCGCUGGCUGCUCAAGACCCAGUUCGACAGGAACGUGGUGGUCAACUUCGACAUCCAGGAGCAGGUCUUCGACCACAUCUUUCAGCACCUGGGCAUCGCCUCCGAGUGUUGUGUGGACCAUCCAGUGGUUUUAACAGAAGCUCCGUGUAAUCCACUGUACUCCCGACAGUUGAUGUCCGAGCUCCUUUUCGAAUGCUAUCAUGUUCCCAAAGUAUCGUAUGGAAUCGACGAUCUUUACAGCUUUUGGUGGAACAAUAAACAGCACACCACUGGAUUGAUUGUUUCCUCUGGAUAUCAUUGCUCUCACAUUCUGCCGGUGCUGAAUGGCAGGCUGGAUGCCUGUAACAGUAAAAGGAUUAAUCUGGGUGGAAGCCAGGCAGCAUCGUAUAUGCAGCGUCUGCUGCAGCUUAAGUACCCUGGACAUUUACCAGCUAUCACACUCAGUAGAAUGGAAGAAAUUCUCCAUGAACACUGUUACAUUGCAGGCGACUAUAUGGAAGAACUUAGCCUGUGGAAGCUCCCAGACUUCUAUGAGAAAAAUAUUCACAGGAUACAGCUGCCUUUUAACAACAAACUUCUGGCUAGCACCUUGACGGUGGAGGAGAAGAUGGAACGGAGGCAACAGCAGAUUCGCAGGCUGCAGGAGCUCAACGCUCGACGUAGGGAAGAAAAGCUACAGCUUGACCAGGAGAGGCUUGAGAGACUGCUCAGCAUCCAGGAGCUACUAGAAGAAGGUAUGAUGGACCGAUUUAAGCGUGCACUGUUGGAAAUGAACAUGGAUUCUGCAGAGGAACUGCAGUCGUAUAUUAACAAGCUCAGCCUGGUCAUUGAGCAGACCAAGCAAAAGAUCCUGCAGGCAGAAGUGAACGUGGAGGUGGAUGUUGUUGACACAAAGCCAGAUGUUUCUGAUCUGGAUCAGGUAUUGAACUGUGACCAGUCAAUGGAUGACUUGGAAGGAGUAAAUGAUCUGGACCAACUUUUCCCUGAAUAUCAGAGUGAUUUUGGGAAACAAACCAAUGUAGUUCAGCCAGUCGGACAGAUGUUCAACCUAGCAGAAUACCAUCAGCUGCAUCUGGGCAGCGAGCGAAUCAGAGUUCCUGAAAUUCUUUUCCAGCCAUCUCUGAUAGGCGAGGAACAAUCUGGGAUAGCGGAAACCUUGCAGUAUGUUCUGGAUAGAUAUUCCAAGAAGGAGCAAGAUGAACUUGUACAAAAUGUGUUCCUUACUGGUGGAAACAUUCUAUACCCUGGGAUGAAGACGCGGAUGGAGAGGGAGCUUCUUGCCAUGAGGCCGUUCCAGUCUUCGUUCCAGGUGGUCAUUGCUUCCAAUCCUGUUUUGGAUGCCUGGUUUGGCGCUCGUGAUUGGGCUAUGGAGCACAAGGAUCAAGCUGAAGGUUGGAUAACACUGGCUGACUAUGAAGAGAAGGGAGGAGAGUAUUUGAGUGAACAUGCUGCUUCUAAUAUUUACGUGCCGAUGAGCCUUACAAAACCAGCUUAAUUGCACUGGCAAGCUAAAACAUUUGGAGAAAUGCAGUUAUUGACCUGGCUUUUGCAUAAAAUGAAAGAAAUCGAUUUUGAAUUGAAGCCAACUUGACAAGUUAAAGACACAGUUCUUGGUAUUGCUUUUAUAUGAAAGACAUUUAAUUUGAAUUGUAAAGACUCAAUUUGAACUGCAUUACAGAGUAAUUUUUUCUGAAAUUAUAUUAUCCUUUUUCAGGUUAUGCAUUACCAGUACAUCAAUAUCUAUGCGAUGUUGUGUCUCAGGAUUAAGUGCUGAGAGGGGAUGUAGCUUGAAAGUGAUAAGAAAAAUGAAGCAUUCCUUUUUCCCUAUAUCCCUUCCCACAUCAUGCAACUUGCCUCUGUUGCCAUUUGUCACUGUGGAUAAAAGUCCAGGUGCAUGUGCACUUAGGGUGUCCCUCAGACUACGGUCUGGGGUGAUGCUCUUCCCCAGUGUUGUGAUUCAUAAAGCAUGUUGAGUUCCUUGCAAAAAUUAUGAUUUUGUUCAAUGAUAGCAUUGAUUAUGUCUCUCUUCCUUUUGCACAGAGGGGCUUGGUUUGGAAGGUCCAUGAUGUAUGUAACAUGGUUCCAAUUUAUUUGGAAAAUGGAACAAAUAGAGCUUCAUAACCAAACAUCAAACCAAAAGGCAUACUUUCACUUUUGCUGAAGAGUUGGACCUUGUGAAGUGCUAACACAGUUAUAAAAAGAUGUGCUCAACAACCUCUCAAACAGCAGUGCGGUGAUAAGUAAUAGCCAACUAAUCCAGUUUAAAGAUUUUGAUUACCAGAACAUGAGGGAUAACUCCCAUGUCCUUCAAAACAGUGCCUUUGGAUCAUUAACAUUCACAACAGAGAAGAGAGCACCUUUCAAUGUCUCAAAGCUCAGAAAUAGACAGGAGGUCCAGCCAAGACUUCUGUGCUCAAAUCUCUGGAGUAGGUCUUGAAACUCUCAGCCUUCUAAACCGAGAAUGCUACCAACUGAGCCACAAGGUAAUUUUUCUGUUGGCACAUCAAAUCUCUUCCAUUCAUCGAAAGAUGAAAAAGUGUAAAAAUACGAAAGAAGCAAGAACAAAAGAAACAUAUGGUAGAAUAAUUCAAGCCCCCAAGGGGAAAAGCUUGAGAAGCCUGACUUUUAUGUCAGAAUUAUUGGCAAUCUUGCAGGCUGAGUACAUUUGAAAUCCAAGUUCUUGUCAUAAUAAAUACAUCAAAAAGUACAAGGCUUUGGCUGGAGAGUGAAAUAAGAGAAUAGAAGUGGCUCUUAGGAGUGAAUACUGUCAAUUUGCAAAGCAUGUACCUCUGCUGGUACAGACUGAACAUAGUUAGAAGCUCAUCUGCAAAGUAUUCGGAAUGCAGAACACACUUAUUAGUUUCAGCUUUGCUUCAGUAGCACUCUUGCCUCUCAAAUCCUAAGUUUGGAUACUCAAGUCUCACUCUACAGACAUGGACCCAAAAUCUGGGCUGAUAUUCCUGUGGGAAGUGCUGUGCUGUUGGAGGAGUCUUGGAGGGUGAGACGUUGAUCUGAGGCCUCACUGGCUCUCUCAUGGGAAGUGGCACGAUUUUGAAGAAUAACGGGCUUAACCCUGGUAUCUAGGAUGAUAUUUAUUCUGCAGUCAGCAUUUGAAAAGCAGAGUUUCUGAUCAAUGCCUCAUUGCUGUUUGUGGGAGCUUACUGUGCACACAUUGAUCACUAUGUUUCCUAUAGUCUAGCAUUGACAAUUCUUAAAGUACUUCAUUGGCAGUAAUCAUUCUGCAAGUGCAAAUCACUCCACUAGGCCCCAAAAUGAAUGUAUUUGAAGGCCCAGGGAGCUCUCAAUACCUCACCAGCACUGUACAUAGAACGGUACAGCACAGGAACAGGCCCUUUGGCCCACGAUGUCUGUGCUGAGCACAAUGUCAAAUUAAACUAAUCCUUUCUGCCUGUACAUGAUCCAUAUCCCUCCAUUCCCUUCAUAUUCAUGUGCCUGUCUAAAAGCCUCUUAAACACCUCUAUCGUAUCUGCUUCCACUCCCACCCCCGGCACUGUGUUCCAGGGACCUACCACUCUCUGUGUGGGGGAGAAAUAAUGCCCUGCACAUCCCCCUUUAAGUUUUCCCUAUCUCAAGCUAUGCCCUCUAGUUUUCAAUAUUUCUACCAUGGGAAAAGAUUCUGGCUGUCCACCCUAUCGAUCUUAUAAACUACUAUCAGGUCUCCCCUCAGCUUUCAACACUCUAGAGUGAACAAUCCAAGUUUGUCCAACCUCUCCAUGUAGCUUAUAGUACUGUAGAGGAUUAGAUUGAACAGUAUAAAGCUCAUUAAAUUUUUCCAUUGCUUGGUUUUAGUGUUUUGCAUAUGGUUAAAAUCUAUUGUACACAGAUGUUUCAAGCUCUAAACCAAAUUUCCGCUAGCCUUUGGACCACAGAUUUGGGUUGUCCCCUAUUUGUGUGUUUACCUGCAAGACAUGUACAGGAAAUGCCAGGCCAAUGUCACUUUACUGUCUUUUCAUUUUAUACAUGUAUGAAAACAAUUGUCAAAAUUGCUAAUUUUCCACCUGAGCAAUCAAUUGAUUAAAAUUGUCUCAAAUAACCAAAAAAAUUGCAGGCCUUGGGGAUUCACACCCAGGGUAGUCCGCAAUGCACAGUGUUCAAAAAGUAAAAAAAAGAUAGUGGAGGUCUGAAAUAAAAACAAAAAAUGAUGGAAACACUCAGCAGAUCGGGGACAUCUGUGGUGAGAGAUAAGAGAGUUGGUAGGAGGUCAGUAUCCUUUCAUCAGAACUAUGUUGUGUUAGAAAACAAGCAUAUUUUAAUUUGGAGAGAACAAAGAACGUCUGUGAUAAGGUAGGAGAGCAAGAGUGACUGUGAUGCAAAUAGAAGUGGUGAAUGUUAGUUGUAGGUAACCUGUAGGAAAUAUAAAUAGGAGUUCUUUGAGGAUGUAACUAAUAAAACAGAGAAGGGGAACCAGUGGAUGUGGUGUAUUGGAUUUUCAGAAGGCUUUUGAUAAAGUCCCACACAGGAAGUCAGAGCAAAUUGGGAGUAAAACACAGGUGAGGUAUAUUUCUUGAAAGAAAAUUCAGCAGUUAGCUGAAAACCCCUUGCUUUGCCCUGUCUGGUUCCCAUUUGUUUUAGGCAGUAACAGCUAUGUAAUCAUUUAGUGACACAAGGUAACUGAUACUCUUCAAUGCAGUUAACGUCUAUUCCAGUCAGUGGAAAACAUUCCAUGAAAUAGGUGGUGGUUUUGCAGAUUACGUAACUUGGGAUGAAAAAAUACAAAUCAGUUUAAGUUAUUCAGAAAGGAAGAACCUCAGAGCAGAUUCCAGCUUCCCCUGUGAGUCAUCUGGGUUAAGGUAACAACCAGCUGUAAGUACAGACACAGCUUGUUUCAGCUGGUGCAGUAAUAUGGCCUGCUCCAUAUGGUCGUACUGAUGCUUGAGUAUUGAUGGGAAAACAAAAUUUGCCAAGUUUCUUACCCUUUGAUCCUAAUGAUUUAUCCUAGCUGAUAAUGGAUAAGAUCACACUCUGGUGAACGACUUCCCUUCCACCUCUCCUGACAAUAGAAAGACUUGUCCUGAAAUACUGCCUUUCACUUCGUUCUCAGGGUGACUAAGGAUUCUUAAAACCAGUUUGCCAGGAAUAACCCUCCUCCUCUGAGUCACUGGGAUCUUUCACGCUAUAGAUUGAUGGAGGUUCAAUCCUGAAGAAGUCAUCUGCACUGUUCCAGAAGUACUUCCAGGGUAUGACAGUUCCUGCUGUUGUGGCUCACGUGAACAGGCGGCUUUCACCUAGCACCUGUGGAAGGCAGGGAGGUUUUGAGGAACAGAUUGGGAGUGUCAAGCACAUCAGGAUGAUAUGUAGACUGGGAGAGAAAGAAAAGAAGGUUGAAAAGCAGAUUAUAAAACUCCUUGCCAUCAUUGCCCUACUGAGAAUACAAUCUAUGAAUUUUAAAUGCAAAAUGAUAGGCUCCCUUUUACCCUGCAAAUAACUAUUUCAUUAUUUAUUGGUCAUAAUCAUGAGAUGGAAAAUGCUAAACGUUUACUCAGCACUGGAAAGAGAUCUGUCAUUCACGUUGUGCAUGGAGCUGUUCUAUCACAAUAUCAAAGCUGUCUUUCUGUAUUUUGUUUUCUCCAAGUCAAUAACCUCGCUCAGCCCUUCUCUCUGCUUUAAUUUGUCCUCUUUCUGCCUCUAUCACAGGAAAUAACAAUUUUUGGUUUGUUAGUAGCGAUGAGAUAAAACAGCUGGAAUUCCCCAUAAGAUUUUGACUCUUGAGUUCAGUCCUGGUCUUUGAUGGACAGCCAAUAAUUGAUGGUUUUCAUUUUACUGAUGUUCUGAAAAAUCCAUCUAUACAUAUGUUUUUUGUAAAGAUUAUGAUCUUCUAUUUUCUUAACCAACUGUGCUUCACGGCACUCAACUGUUUCUUAGUCAAUCCAUCUAUAAUAGCCGUAAGACUCAUCACUUCAGACUUAAUGUGAAACUGUAAGAACAAUGAAAGGUUUUGAGGUUCUUCUGUUGUCUGGGCAUCGGGCUACAAUCUUGUCCUCUCAUUUUGUCUACUUCACAUAACAAAUUCCAUUUAUUUAGUGCCUUUAACAUGGCUUAAAUACCUCCAAAGGAUUUAACAGCAAUGUUAGCAAACAAAAAUUGAAGCUAAGCGACGUAUUAAGCCAGGCAUCAGGGGUACGGGUUGAGGACGGUCUUAAAGUUGUAAGGACAAUGCAGAGAAAUUUAGGGAGGGAAUCUAGAUCUUUAGGGCCUUGGGAACUAAAGGGAUAUAAAGUCACAAAUAAUCGAGAAGGCACAGUUGGGAGGUGCAGAUAUUUUUCAGUGUUGUACAGCUGAAGAAUAUUAGAGAGAUAGGGAGUCACACCACUAUGUGGCACAACGAGUAGAACCACUGCCUCGCAGAGUCAAAGACCCGGGUUCAAUCCUGACCCCGGGUGCUGUCUAUGAGUUGAGUUUCCACAUUCUCCCUGUGACAAUGUGGGUUUUGUCCCACAUCUCUCAGACGUGUGGGUUGAUAGGUUAAUUGACCACUGUUAAUUGCCCUUAGGGUGUAGGUGAGUGGUAGGGUCUGGGGGGAGUUGGUGAGAAUGUAGGAAGAAGGAAAAAUGGGAUUAAUACAGGAUUAGUGUAAAUGGAUUAGUACAACUCAAUGGGGUGAAGGACCUGUUUCUGUUCUGUAUCUCUCUAUGACUAUAACCAUCUCUUAUAGUUUGUAAAAAUUAUCAUCUCCUGAAUUCACAUACAUUUUUAGCAUGCAGGAGGGUUUUAAACUCAAAUAGUUACGGCUAUUUGAUUUAGUUCAUAUUCUCUUGUAACUUUUCUAGCUAUUGUGGCUGGAAAUAAAGGUCUUGGUCCAUCACCUCACAUUUAUAUUUAAAUAACAUGAGCAAUUGCCACAAAUCCCUUGCAAUGAUUCAUUUAAGCUUGUCACCUUUAUUAAAUCUUAUUUCAUGUUCAUGAAAUUUAAUAUGUUGCAAUAUAAUUAAAUCUAUGUUAGUUAUGUAGAUAAUGUUAUAAAUACUUAGUAGGGCAGGCAGCGUUUUGGAAAAGCAAAAUAGGUUAAUUUUUCAGUUCAUACUUCUGACAGGAGGAAGUGAGAGCUGUAGCAGUUUUUAUGCAAGUACUAAGGAAGAGAAAGGGAGAAGGAAGAAUGACUGAGAAGGUUCAGACUGUGGAUAUGUAUUUUUAAGGAGAUCCUUCCAAUCUUUGCAGCACAGAAACAGAUUAUCAGGCAGUUCUAUAGUCAUGGCUAUGUACCAGACAAGGCUUCUACUUCAUUGAACUCCACCAACAUAUUCUUCAUUCUGUUCUCUAGCAUCCCCUUAAAUCAAUUCUGUGCUCUCUGCCUUUGCAAUUUGUGGUAGUAAGUUGUAACUGAGCUCUCAGAGUAAAAGGGUUUCUCCUGAAUCACCUAUUGUAAAUUGUCCUUACUGCAAGCAGGCUGCAGCAGAAUCAAGGGCUAGUUGUUGGGUACACAAGAGAGAAUAGGCUACAGGGAAAUAUGUUCAGGGAUAGGACUGAUGGGAAUGCUCCUGGAACCAGCAUAGACUCAAUGGGCCCAAAGGCCUUCUUCUCUGUCAUAAGAAAAUAUGAGGAAUGUGAAACUGUUAUGCUUUGGGUAUGAUGAGUUACCAGGGUAUGAAUGGGUGACUAUUACCUACUGUCAAUACCCCAUCAAAUCGGUAUUGGAGUAUAAAGAUAUUUAAUAUGGGGGGAAAGAAAAAGCAGCUUUAACUACAGUUACCACAGGAGGGUUGUUAGGGUUGAGCCACCUUGCCAAAUAAUCUAAAUUUAAUUCUAAGAUAAGAUAUCUUUAUUAGUCACAUGUACAUUGAAACACACCGUGAAAUGCAUCUUUUG